ACUCGUGACACUGCAGUCACAUGACAGAUUUGUAAAGAUGGCGUCGAAAGGUGGGCAGAUUGAUAUGCGCUCGCUAAAUGGGCCCCUCAGUGAUAUUGAAGCAAGGAAAACUCACCAUUUGGCGGUGUCGAGAGACUACAUUUCACAGCCAAGAAUAACCUACAAAACAGUGUCAGGUGUGAACGGACCUCUGGUUAUCUUGGAUGAUGUCAAGUUCCCCAAGUAUGCCGAGAUUGUCAAGUUGACGCUGGCCGAUGGCAGUCAGAGGAGUGGACAAGUGCUGGAAGUCAGCGGGUCAAAGGCCGUUGUACAGGUGUUCGAGGGCACAUCAGGCAUUGAUGCCAAGCACACAACAUGCGAGUUCACCGGCGACAUCUUGAGGAUGCCCGUGUCAGAGGACAUGUUGGGGAGAGUGUUCAAUGGUUCUGGCAAGCCCAUCGACAACGGUCCUCCCGUCCUGGCAGAGGACUUCCUGGACAUCCAAGGUCAGCCAAUCAACCCCUGGUCCAGGAUCUACCCCGAGGAGAUGAUACAGACCGGCAUCUCUGCCAUCGACACAAUGAACAGUAUUGCCCGUGGGCAGAAGAUCCCCAUCUUCUCUGCUGCUGGUCUACCACACAAUGAAAUUGCAGCCCAGAUCUGUCGCCAGGGCGGCCUGGUCAAGGUGCCAGGAAAGAGUGUGCUCGACGACCAUGAUGACAACUUUGCCAUUGUGUUUGCUGCUAUGGGCGUCAACAGAGAGACUGCUAGAUUCUUCAAACAUGACUUUGAAGAGAACGGUUCCAUGGAGAAUGUGUGCCUGUUCUUGAACUUGGCUAAUGAUCCCACGAUUGAGCGUAUCAUCAUGCCCCGUAUCGCCCUGACCGUGGCCGAGUUCCUGGCGUACCAGUGUGAGAAGCACGUGUUGGUCAUCCUCACCGACAUGAGCUCAUAUGCUGAGGCCUUGAGAGAGGUGUCGGCCGCCAGAGAGGAGGUGCCCGGUCGUCGUGGUUUCCCUGGUUACAUGUACACAGAUUUAGCCACCAUCUACGAGCGAGCAGGUCGUGUAGAGGGACGUAACGGCUCCAUCACACAGAUCCCCAUCCUCACCAUGCCCAACGAUGAUAUUACCCACCCUAUCCCAGAUUUGACAGGCUACAUCACAGAAGGUCAGAUCUACGUCGACCGACAGCUCCACAACAGACAGAUCUAUCCACCAAUCAACGUGCUACCCUCCCUGUCAAGAUUGAUGAAGUCCGCUAUCGGCGAAGGCAUGACAAGGGAAGACCACUCCGACGUGUCCAACCAGCUGUACGCGUGUUAUGCCAUCGGUAAGGACGUGCAGGCUAUGAAGGCCGUGGUGGGAGAGGAAGCCUUGUCCCCCGAAGAUCUCCUCUAUCUAGAGUUCCUCACCAAGUUCGAGAAAAACUUCAUCUCUCAAGGUCAUUAUGAGAACAGAACAAUCUUCGAAUCUCUGGAUAUUGGUUGGCAGUUACUGCGUAUUUUCCCCAAAGAAAUGCUGAAGCGUAUCCCUGCAGCCACGCUAGCCAAAUACUACCCCAGGGACGCCUCCCGUUCACACGCUAACGCUGCUAAGGAUCAGGUCACAUCCUUGUAAUGUCAAUCAUCUGUAACCAUGGUAGCACAACUCUCCUGAGCUUGCAGUAUUUACAGUGGCAGACUGAGUCGAGGCAGAACACUGAACAACGUGGAACUGAGAGAACGAUAGUAUAGAUUAAUAAACAAAAUCAGAAAAUGUUUACAUUCAAAUUUGGACUUUGUGAUAUCAAACACACUCUUUUUAUUUUAUGAACUUAACUAGUAUUGCUUUAUAUCAAAUUAAUAUUCAAUACUAUUCAAAGUGAAAUAUCUGUUUUGUUCAAAGCUGAGCUGUUCAACAAAGUCUUGUAAAACCUUUGAUAUUAUUCCAACAAGUAACUUGACGUAUGCUGGUGCAAGUUGUGCGUGUGACAAUGUUCAUGGGUUGUCCCACAGUGCCAGCUGACACACUGGAGUCUGAUAUAGUAAUAUAUACAUGUGUGUGAACCAGGUUUUCAUGUUCUAGAAGAAUUUAACUACACAAUGUGUCAUAGGAUGAUUUUCUCUGUCAAUAGUUGAUGGUUUAGAAGCCAAUGUGCAACAUUCUAGAUGAUACAAGACAUGUUUGCUCAUUGUCUGAAGAUGGAGGAGAGAAUGUGGAUGCUGAUUGGCUGAUUGAAGUGAUGAUUAUUGCUCACAACCGAGUCAUUAACAUUGGAAUAUUCUGACAUGAACGUAAUGAAACACUUGCUAACACUGUUAUAGAGAUUUAUGUAUAUGAAGUUAUCAGUGCUAUUACACUACUCAAAACAAGUUAAGGUCCACCUGUUUAUAUCAUAAGACGAUACUUAGUCUGUGACUUGACACAGGAAUGAUAGCAGUAGGGAAGGAUCAGAUUGUCCUUAUCCUAUUUUGAGUAGUAUAUCUUAGGAAUGGAGACAUUUUUAGCUCUUUCGUGAUGAUCAAAUUACAGGUUUAUUCUUUAAGUACCAUCUAUGUUUUGUUGUCUGUGAUUUUCGAUUUAAUAAGGAACCAACAGGUCACGCUUAUUCUGUCAUGACACUGAAAUGCUAGUCAUUAUUGCUAAUGUCUCGGAACGUGUACCAGUAAACUAGACGCCUUUAGGUAGAGAUGACAAGCUGUGUUUUUGUGAAUUUGUCCACCUGAGUAAACGACAUUCCAUUGUUUGAAAGUGCUCUGACAGGUGUGUAGUUACAAAGAGUGCAGAGAAACUUGACCUUCUUUAAACUAACCAAGUUCAUGAGAUCAACUCAUUGUGUGUCACUCAUUAAUUGUUUCAAUUUGAAGAUAACAUGUACUUUGAUUUAAACACUAGUGGGUUAGAGGGCUGACAAGCAUUAUGUCCACAAGUUAAGGGAACUAUGUAUAUUAACAUUAUCAAUACCCUUGGUUGCUUGUCUACAUAAGUAUGUUUGAUUGCGGUUGUACAUAAUUGUGUCUGUAAUGUGUGAGAUUAAUUAAUUUGCAUUGUUUAUACAUCAUUUCACUAAGUGAAUCUGUCCAUGUUUCGAGUUUAUUUUUUUUGCAAUAUUUUUGUUUUGGUUCCAACAAAGUUCUUUUUUGGAUAUUUGUUCUAUGGCUCAUUGAUGUUAUUACUUCUUUUGCGUUAAAUUUUGAAUAUAUGUUUUGCUGCUCCCAAUAAGACUAAUGUAUUAUUAGAAGCAUUCUAGAAAAAUAGUUGCAUGCAAAACUGUAUCUUAUUUUGAGAGAAAGUUAACAUUAUGGCUUAUUUUUUCAGAUGAAAACGAUUUGAAUCAAUUUCUCAUUGCAUACCAUCGUACCAUAUUUAUGGUAGAACACCACCUUGUGAGUUAGACUUGUACUAAGGGGAGACAACACCAGAUUUCACUGUGAUAUAUGUGUUAUGUAGAGACUAUAUAUAGGCUUCUCAUCAAAUGGCUGUGUAUUUGACUAACAUGUAGAUUGUUGUUUCUGUAUAUAGAGAGUUUUCCAUCACUUGACCUAGACAGCUAGAGAACAGUAGCUUGAGGCACAAUUGUCGCCAUGUAUGUUAGGUGGGUUAGAACUGUCAGAACUUAAAAUAUUGUCACCCUGAAUGAAAUCUUGUCACAUGAUCUGUACAUUAGCUUUGGAGAUUUCUCACAUCUAUUUCUUGGUGUAGCCAAGUAUUGAUGUUUUAUCUAUUGAUUGGCAAAGGAUUAAGAGCCAGCUGUUUAAGGGCUGAAAUGUUGAUUAAAGUUCGCUGUGUUUAUUGAUUUGUUUGCCAACUCAAGUCAAUAAAGAUGAAAAGUCAGUUUUUGAGAAGCAGCUGUAUUACUGAUAAAGAUGAAGUAUUGAAGAAUCAAUGUUAGGAUUUUUUCUAAGCUGUUAUAUCCUGCUGUGUAAUACAGCGAUGUGUUUCCAUGUCCCACCCCAGUACAUCCAUGUAGUGGCCCUCCUCUGCAUGUCCCAGUGUGCACCGAUAGUUGUACUUCAUCGGUGUCUUGUCUAGAGGUUGCCCCUGGUACAGACACAAUGGACGGAUCACCAUUCCACAGGAAGAUCUUAUAGUGAUGACCGUGUCUUGUCUAGAGGUUGCCCCUGGUACAGACACAUUGGAUGGAUCACCAUUCCACAGGAAGAUCUUAUAGUGAUGGCCAUGGAAAGGUUGUUGUCCAGAGAUGGUAUUAUUGGACACAAGGGUGCCUACUCACAGGAGAUCAUUAUAAUGUGAAGGCAUCUUGUGGAGAGCCACCAGACAAGGCCUGGACUCCAACAAGAUACAACCAAAGGCUGAUCCAGGACUUUGAGGAUGGUAAACAAACCACUCAUCCAUUAUUACCUGAGAGAAAGGGGAAAACAGUCAAGGGAAAUCAUGGAUGACCAGUAUCUAGCCUUGGGGCUUACACUAUUAGGUGUGAACACCCCUCCUGACAGCCCUGAACUUGUGGAAAAGUAGCAGAAUCUGUAGCAGGUGGUGAAUGUGAGGUAGACGUUGUAGAUUCACGUUACGCAUGGUGGACAUGCUGUUUUGUCCUUCAGUGGGUAUCGGGUGCCAAGAUACCUUGUAGGGUGAAUGUAUGAGACGGGUACACUGGAUGGUGUCAUCCUAUCCUGGGUUUGGGGUACCUAGACACCCAGCAGGGUGAGGGAGAUGGGUACCUAGAUAUCCUGUAGGUAGAUCAGGUAAUCAGAAUGUGUAUAUUUGUAUCAGCUCUAUCUGUCUGUUAGUCCAUUGUACACUGGAGUACUUGAAUAAAGCAGUGCAAACAC